UUCAUAUAGAAGUGUAUAUAUAUUAAUUACAUACAUAGUAUUACCAUACCCGCAUGCAACGGGAAAAAAAAAUGCACAUUUAUCAACAAUUCUGCGCCUUCUCACACAUCUCUGUGUUCACUGUCUCUGUCUGUACUCAUUAUUGUAUUACAUAUUUACUACACUUCUUAUCUUCUCAUCUCUCAAAACAACACUGCUACAACAUAUUUUAUGAUAUCUCACAAAUAAAAAAUAUCGUUUUUUCUUCUCCAACGAUUACAUAACCACCACGGAAUUUAGAUUAACAACUUUACAUUAAUUUAAUUUCGUAAAAAAAAAAGGUAAUGUCUAUAAUUGCAUGCGCCAGGCCCUCCAAGCUACCAGACGAGAUUUUCUCUGAUUGAUGUCUGGUUGUCGACAACAUAUUCCCCAACUUGUUGUUCUUGUCUUAAUUUUGCCGAGUCCAAAGUUCCAGAAAUGGGUGAUUUCCAAGGCCCCUUCGUAGUGUCACCCCCUCCUUCACCCUCUUCCUCGGACAAGUCCAGCACAACCAUGUUAUACUAUGGCCUUGUAGUGGUGGGUGUUGCAGCUACGGCAUUAGCCCUGUACAACUGCAUCAUCAUCAGGAGGAGCAGAAGGCACGACAUGCAGUCAGAAGGUGAAGGGGCAAAUGGGUUGGUGGAGGUGGUGAUGGAAAGUAGAAUAGAAAACUGUGAAAGGAACUUCAACUUGGUUUCAAGCUUCAAGUACAAGAACGAAGGAGUUGUGGGUUAUGAUGAUGAAUGCUCAGUUUGCUUAUCUGGUUUUGAAGAAGGAGAAGAAGUUCGGAAGCUUCCAGAGUGCAAGCACUGGUUCCACGCUCCAUGCAUAGACAUGUGGCUCUACUCUCACUUGGACUGCCCAAUUUGUCGAACACCUGUGCUGCGUUUCUCGCAGGCAUUGCUGGAAUCGGGUAGUGGUGUGUUGGAAUGAGCAAUUAUGAGUUUGUGAAUGGAUUUUGUGGAAUUGAUUCAGAAUGAAAUGCAAAUUAGAGGAAGAUGGUUUGUGGGGUAUGGCACUGCGCUGGAAUUGUGACCACUCAGUCCUUCACAACUUUCUCCACAAGGAACAGACACAAACACACAGCUAAAGCACCCAACUUUGGAUACCUUGUUCCUGAUGUUACGUCACAAAAAGAGAUCUUAAAGUAUAUCUCUUGGUGGGAACAAGAAUUUGCUGUCUCUAAUAGACUUAAUCAUUUCGAACAAGAUUUCUUCUGAUAUAAAAAUGUAAGAUUUCAAGAUUUUGAUUUUGAUUCGUUGUCGUGAAGACAUGAGUGAGUGAUAGGAUCUGAUUUUUAAUUUUAAAUAACUGAUUGCCGUUCACUUUAGGCUGACUCAUAAAUAAUUUAUUCAUUUUAUUAUAUAUAUAAACUGAUUUUAAAAUUUGUAUUUGUUUAAAUUAUAAUCGUCACAUCUAUGGCCAUUUAUUCUGAUUGGUACGAUACCAUUGUUGUUGUUGGACUGUAGCUGUCUAUGGAAGUUUUAAAUUUUAAAUCAUUGCAUAAUUCAGAAAGAAAGACAAAUUACUUGUUAUUAUUAUAACUAAUAUUAUUUGCUAUUAUAAAGACACGUUGGAAUAAUUUGUUACUAUUAUAACUAAUAUUAUUAUUAUUAUUAUUUUCGAUUAGGGAUGCUUGUCGGAAGCAUUGGAAGUUUAUACGUGUAUUGUAUGAAAAGCAUAGGUGCAGUGUGAAUUUUGUAUGACAUAGUAAAAUAUAGUAAAUAAAGAUAAAUAGGUAUUUAUGAAGAUCUUUUGCACCAUAAUUUAGUGGGGUCAUUUGUGUUUGGGUUGCUUUAUAAACAUCUUGG